GCGGGGGCGCAUGUCGCGAAGGAAUCAUCUUGUUCUGUGCGACGUCUGAUAUAUCAAGCGGGUCGCUCACUUGGGAAUUUGCGGCGUCAUGGAGUCGAGUCAUCCGUGCUUGUACCGCAACAAGGUCUGCCUCCUCCCGCGCGCCGUCAAGAAGAACGGACAGCUCCACAGCCUCUGCGAGUUCCACCGCGUCAAGGCGAAUCUCAACCAGCGCCGCCUCGAGAAGAAGAAAAAGUCGACGAGCCGCCCGCCCGAAACCCACAGAUCGGGCUGCAAAGAGCUCUGGGUCGACCCUGUCGCCUCGAGCGACGACGACGACUGCGACGAUUUCGACGACAGCCAGGACGCCGACCACGUCAUUUGGGCCGAGCCCAUCAAGCUGCCCGUGCCCUCGUCUUCCUAGUCGCACCGUCGUAUAACCUAUUUAACCAGCGUUUACCCUCUUCCUCGAGAAGACGUUGGCGUCAUGGAAACGCAGUUCCUGAAGUGGUCUAUCCAGUCUCGAUACAAGUACGACUACGUGGUCGCUUGACGUAGCGGCGACAACGACGGCUCGACUGCUACAACGACUACUAGUCGUCAUUUCGUUUCGAGUGGUGUAAAUCGUAUGGAAACGAGUUAGUUUGUUAGUUGAUCA